GUGGUGGUUGUUGUAGUCGGCGACGGCUCGAUCACUCUCUUUUACAAAACCCUAAAUAAUCAAUGUGAAAUUUCUUGAAUUCAAUCAAACCUUACCCUCAUUGUUGCAAAGUAAUCAAUUAUUUACAAACACAAUGACAUCCGAUUCAUCCAUUGCCAUGGAAGGAGCCAUCAGUGGUGUUGCUAACAGUUAUUCCCAGCGGACGACUCUACCAGCGCCGUGGGCUCAAGUGGUUCGCGGAGGAGGUGAGCCGGACCCAGUCCCUCCGCGCUCUCCGUCUGCAUCGCCUUCGUCUGUAUCGACGGAACAAAAUAUUGUGUUUUCUGAUCAGUUGACGGUAAUGGAGCCGCAGACGGCGGCGGCGGUGGAGACUCACAUGGAGGGUUCGGAGGGUAGUAAUAAUGGCAAUGCGAGUGGUGUAAAGAAGUCGGCUUGGAACAAACCCUCGCCAAACGGUGUCGUCGAUGGGACUAAUACGCCUGUCAUGGGUGCUGCUUCUUGGCCGGCGCUUUCUGAAUUGACUAGGCCGUUACCGAAAUCAUUGUCGUUCCCAUCGGAAUCAUCUUCUAAACCUACAUCUGAUGGAUCAGUCACUGUCUCUCAGGCACCUAUAAUCUUGCAACCACAGCAGAAACCUGUUAAAACUAAUGCAAGCCAUCAUUCUAAUCAAAAUCAUACCCACAAUCUCCGGCAAAGGUCAAUGAAACGAGGUGGAGGUGCAGGGGGUGCCUACAAUCGGCCUCCGCCACCCCCUCCACCGCCAAUGCCGCCAUUCCCUCUUUUCGACAUGCCGUAUGGUAGUUUUGUACCAGCAGUGUUGGAUUCUCCAGUAAGAGAACAAUCUCCAUAUAAUGGCAACAAUUUUGCCCCAAGACCGAUGGGUGGUGUUGGGCCCCACUCGAAUGCCAUUCACGAUCACUCUUCGAACAGAAAGAGGAAUAACUUUGGUCCUCGCCCUCGCGAGGAUGGAGGACUCUAUCUUAACAAUGGGCAUGGAGGCAGGCGAGAUCACCAUGAUCGUGAUUGGCGUGGUCCACGAAGUCACGGUGCAAUACCACAUCAAAUGGGUCCUCCCCCUCCCCCUCCACCUAGGGGGUAUAUGCAACAAGCUCACCUGGGUCCUGCUCCUUUUAUUGCUCCUCAGCCCAUGAGACCAUAUGGAACCCCCAUGGGUUAUGAGAUGGCAGCACCGUUUCUCUAUGUUCCAACACUACCUCCAGAGCCUUAUAGGGGUGCCCCUCUUCUCCCUCGUGCAGCUCCGCCCUCUAUGUUCAUCCCUGUUAUGGAUCCAUCAUUGUCUGUUUUGAUACUAACUCAAAUUGAGUACUAUUUCAGUGAUGCUAAUUUGGUGAAAGACAAUUAUUUGAGGUCGAACAUGGAUGAAGAGGGUUGGGUGCCUGUCACUUUAAUUGCUGGAUUUCGUCGAGUUCAAAGUUUGACAAGUGACAUUCAAAUGAUUUUGAAUUCCUUGAGAGACUCGACGGUUGUUGAAGUUCAGGGGGAAACCGUAAGGAGGCGUAACGAAUGGACAAAAUGGGUAAAAACAUCCAAUAAGUUUCCAGCUGAUUCCAGCUUUCAUUCGCCACGUGCAGCAACAGAUGGCUUGGUCGUAGAAACUCCGUUACAGAAGCUCACGUUGGAUGAGUCAAUAACCGCCGAAAAGAUGACUACCGAUACAAAUGAUGCCCACAAUGAAGCAGAUUCAUCCAUUCUUGCUAACAGAGAGAUCAACACCGGCGAGCAGUCUAUGAAUUCGAAAUCUUCAACAUCUUCAAAUCAAGAUCUUUGAGUGAGUGAGCGAGCUCAGAUUUUGCAGGUUGCAGUAAAUAAUGAGAGCGGUUUGAUGAACGGAGUGAAGUAUUGCAUGAUUCGUUGUUUGUAUAGAUACGCCAUUUCUGCAGGUAAUUUCUUAGCAUUUAGCAGUUUGAUUGGAUCGAAAUUUUGAGGCGGCAUCGUGGCUGGAGGUCAGAGGGAUAGAAUUUCGCGUUUUUUGCUCCCCGAAUAUGUUUGAAGAUUGGUUGGGAUUUGUUCGUAUUUAACUUGGAUUUUCUCAUUUUUUUUUUUGGUUUCGGAACGAUGAAUUACAUAUUCUUGAUAUACCUUGAUUUGGUUUUAUGACUUUGGUAGAUUGCUGAUGGUUUAACCUUAAAUUUUUGGGUCUGUUUUAAAGAUUUGUAGAUAUUAAAUUUUUAUGGGUGUUUUAAUUUUAUUGA